AUGGCUCCGACGACGGCACACCCUUUCUCCAUCAGGGCUUCUACUUCUUCAUCCAUGGAUUUUUGGUUCUCUAACUUGAUUAGGCUUACUGCAGUCGUUGAUGAUGCCAGAGAAAAUCCAGCAAGAUUUCGAGAUAAUAAAGAGAUGUUUACUGUUAUGGAUGAAGUUUUGGCUGCUGCCCACCAGGUUGCAAUGUGGAACCGGGUCGUAUCUACUAUCAUGUUUCAGUUAUUGGUUCCUUACAAUAUGAGAAUUCGGACCAUGUUCUAUCACCUACUUGGUCUACAAGAGUCUUUUCACCUUCUCGUGUUCCUGACAUUCAGUGGAGACCUGGAAGUUCCUUCCAAACUCAGCAUGAAUACACUUGGACGACUCCGUUGUAGAACUGAAAUAGCACCAGAUCAAAGCGAGAAACUUUUUGCAGAAAUUCAAAUAAGUACAACAGCAACGAAGUUGCACCUUCCUGGAAUGCCGCCUAUUUCUUGA